GUACCCACCAGGGUAAACAACCAAGCAAAGCUUACCCCAACCACAAAACCCUAAACCCACAAAGGGUGAAAAAAAACCAAAACCAAAACCAAAAUGGGUGGUUUGGAGAGAGUUCUGGGGAGCUCGAAGGCAGAGCAGAAACGCAUAGAGAAGCAGAAGAAGAAGGCCAAGUCCGGUGGCUUCGAGUCCUUGAAUCUCAGUCCCGAUGUCUACAGAGGAAUCAAGCGCAAGGGCUACAAAGUCCCCACCCCAAUUCAGCGCAAGACCAUGCCUAUCAUUCUCUCCGGCUCCGAUGUCGUCGCCAUGGCCCGAACCGGUUCCGGCAAAACCGCAGCCUUCCUCGUCCCCAUGCUCGAGCGUCUCCGGCAACACGUUCCCCAGGGCGGAGUCAGGGCUCUCAUCUUGUCUCCCACCAGAGACUUGGCUCUCCAGACCUUGAAGUUCGCCCAGGAACUCGGCCGCUUCACUGAUCUUCGUAUUAGUUUACUAGUUGGUGGUGAUAGCAUGGAGAGCCAGUUUGAAGAAUUAUCACAGAGUCCUGAUAUCAUAAUUGCAACUCCCGGUAGGCUCAUGCAUCAUCUGUCUGAGGUUGACGACAUGUCAUUGCGUACAGUGGAAUAUGUUGUUUUUGAUGAAGCAGAUUCUCUUUUUGGUAUGGGUUUUGCUGAGCAGUUGCAUCAGAUUCUUGUGCAGCUGAGUGAGAACCGCCAGACUUUGCUUUUCAGUGCCACAUUACCUAGUGCCCUUGCUGAGUUUGCCAAGGCUGGUCUGCGAGACCCUCAGCUUGUGCGACUUGAUUUGGAAACUAAAAUUAGCCCUGACCUCAAGCUUGCCUUUUUCACGGUACGACACGAAGAAAAACAUGCAGCAUUAUUGUAUUUGAUAAGAGAGCAAAUUACUUCCGAUCAGCAGACAUUGAUAUUUGUGUCCACAAAACAUCAUGUGGAGUUUCUCAAUACUUUGUUUAGAGAAGAGGGAAUUGAGCCUUCUGUAUGUUAUGGUGAUAUGGAUCAAGAUGCUCGCAAAAUUCACAUAUCAAGGUUUAGGGCAAGAAAGACUAUGUUGCUGAUUGUGACAGAUGUUGCUGCUAGGGGCAUUGACAUUCCGUUGCUUGACAAUGUCAUUAACUGGGAUUUUCCCCCAAAACCUAAAAUUUUUGUCCAUAGAGUAGGACGAGCUGCAAGAGCCGGUCGGACUGGUACUGCAUUUUCUUUUUUGACAUCUGAGGAUAUGCCAUACCUUUUAGAUCUUCAUCUAUUUCUCUCAAAACCUGUCAGACCUGCACCCUCAGAAGAGGAGGUUUUGCGAGAUAUGGAUGGAGUAAUAUCCAAGAUUGAUCAAGCAGGUGCAAAUGGAGAAACAAUCUAUGGGCGUUUCCCUCAGACAGUUAUUGAUCUUGUUUCAGACAGAGUUAGGGAAAUAAUUGAUUCUUCAGCAGACCUGUAUGCCAUGCAGAAAACAUGUACAAAUGCUUUUCGCUUGUAUUCCAAGACAAAACCCUUACCUUCAAAGGAGUCCAUUAAAAGAGCAAAGGAUUUACCCCGUGAAGGAUUGCACCCAAUAUUCAGAAAUGUGCUGGGAGGUGGAGACUUAAUGGCAUUGGCAUUUUCUGAACGCUUGAAAAUGUUCAGACCCAAGCAAACCAUUUUGGAAGCUGAAGGCGAAGCUGCUAAAUCAAAGCGUCUGCAGGGUCCUUCUAGACAAUGGGUUGAUGUAAUGAAGAAAAAAAGAGCUAUUCAUGAAGAGAUCAUUAAUUUGGUACAUCAGAAACAUUCUACCAAUCACGUGGAUGAGGAAUUUGAUCCUGAAAUCACUUCUUCCAAGGAGGAGAAAAAAGAAGUUUGUGGGUCUAAGAGAAAGGCAAAGAGCUUCAAAGAUGAGGAGUACUUUAUCAGUUCGGUACCAACAAAUCAUCAUAUGGAAGCAGGACUUGCAGUGAGAGCUAACCAGGACUUUGGAUCAAAUAGGUUGGAAUCUGCUGUCCUAGAUCUAGUUGCUGAUGAUGGUGCGGGAAUGAAGAAACAGAAAUCUCAGUAUCAUUGGGACAAGAGGAGUAAAAAGUAUAUCAAGCUAAACAAUGGUGAUCGUGUUACAGCUAGUGGAAAGAUAAAGACAGAGAGUGGUGCUAAAGUUAAAGCUAAUAAAACUGGGAUAUACAAGAAAUGGAAGCAACAGUCACACAAUAAAGUAUCUCUUAGAGGAGCCAAUAGUGAAGGGAAUGCUGAGGGAUCCACAAGCAUGUCAGGAGAUCGUAGAUCACAAGGAAAUAGUAGGAACUUUAGAGGAGGCAAGAAGCAGCAUCACGUGCCUAAUGCUCAUGUACGUUCAGAAAUUAAAGAUCUAGAACAAGUUCGGAAGGAGAGGCAGAAAAAGGCAAACAAGAUCUCCUUCAUGAAGAGCAAAUCUAGUAAGGGUAAGAAAUUUAAUGGAAAUGGAAAAGGAAAAGGAAAAGGAAAAAGAGGAAAGGGGAGGAACUAAAGAGUUGCUGAAGGUGAUUAUUUUGUGUGUUUUGGAAAUCACAGUGCUUUCAGAUGAUGAUUUUACAUACACAUAUAGCAAGCAGAGCCUGGAUAGGGGCCCGGAAAAUUUUGACAGCCAAUUUAUGUUCUGUAGCUUUAUAUUUUUGACCUUAUGGCUCAAAAACUACCCUUUAAAUAUAAUUAGUAAAAUGCAUUUAUCUAAGUGCACAUCUUUCUUUCGCCCA